CGACAACAACUUUUUACCACGAACUUCGCUCGGACUUUUUACUGAUUUUGCCCCGUAUAAAUUGCACAUUUCAGCUGUGUUCACACCGAUUACUAUAUUUAAUAAUGAUUCCUCCAAAUGCUUCUCUUGUCAGAUAUGACACUCCCGUCCUCGUCAGUCGAAAUACGGACAAGAAAACACCAAGGGCGAGGGCUUUGAGGACUAGCCCACAGCCUCCCACCAAUGCUGGUCCCGUACCAAACCCACCACCAAAGGGGGGAAGCAAACUGCCCCCAGUUGAGGCUCAGAAGGCACAACAGACAGACGAGAUUCUAAACUCCAUCUUGCCACCAAGAGAAUGGACAGAGAAUGGUCAGCUGUGGGUGCAGCAGGUGUCCAGUACUCCGGCCACCAGACUGGACGUUGUGAACCUCCAGGAGCAGCUUGAUACCAGACUGCAACAGAGACAAGCAAGAGAGACUGGGAUCUGUCCAGUACGCAGAGAGCUGUACUCACAGUGUUUUGAUGAGCUGAUCCGUCAGGUGACCAUUGAGUGUGCCGAACGCGGCCUCCUGUUGCUGCGAGUACGUGACGAAAUACGAAUGACGGUUGCAGCGUACCAGACGCUUUACGAGAGCAGCGUGGCGUUCGGGAUGCGCAAAGCCCUCCAGGCUGAGCAGGGCAAGUCUGACAUGGAAAAAAAGAUUGUUGAGCUUGAGCAAGACAAGCGAGAACUAGAGAGACAGGUCAACGAACUGAAGGCCAAAUGUGAUGCUAUCGAGAAGCGCGAGGCCGAACGACGUCAGGUUGAGGAGAAAAAACACACAGAGGAGAUCCAGUUCCUGAAACGCACCAAUCAGCAACUGAAGACUCAACUUGAAGGCAUCAUUGCCCCUAAGAAAUAAACUGAAUGGAGCUGUCUUCUCUGCAUCACCAUGGCGCUUAUCCACACCUGUCAUCAGUGCCUGUUGUUGUUGUUCUCUGAGAGAGUAGAGACAGCACAAGUCCUCCCACCAUCCUCACACUGUGUCUUCAUUCUUAUCUUGGUUGCUCUAGGACAAUCAAGCUGUGCAUCCGUCCACUAUUGUCAUUCAAAUUUUAUAGCUUGACAUAUAAUAAUUGUCAAUGCAUCAUGGCACUAUACAACCACACCCCACAGUGCCUAUUGUUGUUGUUGUUGUUCUUUAAGAGUAGAGUGGUUUACAAGUCCUCCCACCAUCACCACACUGUGUCUUAAUCUUGGUUGCUCCUUGGGCAGUUAAGCAUGUGCAUCCAUCCACUGUCGUCAUUCAAGUUUUGCAACUUGACAUAAUUUCUUUUUUUUAUGACACUUUUAUUUUUUUAUGAAAUUUAUUAUGUUUCAUAUCAGUUAAUAAGAUAAAUUGCUGUAAAAUUUAUCCACAGCUUUGAUGCAAUUAAUUAACAGAUCAUACUCAAUGCAUUCCAGUAUUACACCAACACGCUGCACAUGUACAAAUCAAGUUUUAUUCAUGGUUGGAAAGAGCGUACAACAAGCUUCAUUUUGACAUCUUACACACUUGCGUCAAUUUUGGCUCUAAAGUUAUGAAAAAAUAUUUUAUGUCUUAAUCUGAAAAUGACCUCUAUAAUGGAGAAACAGCCUGUUUAAAAAAAAACACAUAAGGACACUGAGUACACAAAGAAACAAAACAAAAGGGUCCUGUGGAAAACCUGUUUUUAUUCAUCUCUAUUGAAAAAAGGUUCCCUAUUCCAGCACUAUAAACAAAAAGUCCUUCAGAGGCAAGACACAGCUUUUCACAAACAUUUAUUUCAACUUUUCUGUUCACCCUCCAAACACUCAGCAGCCCUCUUCUUGGAAGUGGGCUGUGCAACAAGCGACCCAUUUUCAUUAGUUGUAACUACUUCAGAAAACAACAUCUAUAAUUUGAUGGAGUGUAAGAUUCUCUAAAUGAAAGAAACAAACAAAUUGCUUUUUUUUGUUGACAUCACCCUGCAUUUUCCUAGAUCUCCUGUGUCUAUUUCAGUUUUGCAGUAUUUAAUUCAUUAUUUAUUCUAAAACUAGAAUUUUACGGUAAAUUGAAUCCAGCAAUCUGCAAUAAAGCUUUUUUUUCUGGUUGGAUUAAUUCUUCAUUUCCAAGCAGGAUUUAGUCAAAGGUUGAACCUUAGAAUACCUGGUUUUCUUUAUGAUGGAUUUCCUCCAGAGAUUUUGAUCUAGGCCCACCUUGAUUUUCCUUGGCUUUAAUAGUCCGUCCAAUCUACUUUGUUGAUUGUAAUUUACCUUCCAAUUUUUAAACCAUCUUACUUAUUUAAACAAUGAAUGGCAGGAGUAAAAAAAACUUUUCAAACUUUGCACUUCAGACCGUUGUGUAAAUGUAUGUAAAUUACAUCAUUUCUUCUUUGAAUAGUAUGUAAAUUUUAUGUAAAUGACUUCAUUCCAUUUAUGAAUAUUUAGUUUGUUUUUAAACAUUUCAGUUUGUGUUCAAAGGCAAUAUAUAUAUACCCUAUGCAUUAAUAAAUCUAUCUGUUGCAUUACAAGCAAAGGUAUUUUGUAAUGAGUUUCUCACCAUGGUCAACUUUAAACCAAGGGUUUUUUUUUGCAAAUCUGUGAACAGUUACAAUGUCUGUUUAUUCGAAAUACUAUGCACACACAAAAAGUAGCAAUGCACAACAAAAUUAUGCUUAGCAGAAUAAGGUCAUGUGUACCAACUGUGAUU